AUGAUGAUCACCGACACUCGCAAAGUAUGGGCAGAAGCGAUGACCAGUGCACAAUUUGCAAGGCGAUGGCGCACAACGAACCCAAAGGCGCAGUCGUAUGCGCUUCUUGACGAGCAAGAAGAAGACAAAUGGCGAGAAGCACGACUAGAUCUCCUCGGAAAGGCGCACUCUGUUGGCGCCUUCGCCGACUUGGCUUUUGAAGUAGUGUCGACACGAUAUUCGGACUUCGCUGUGCGCAUCGAGGCCGAGUCCUUCACCUGGGUUUGGGAGACGACCUUCGUUGGAUAUCGGCUCUCUGCAGAAUUGCUUUCCCAGCAGCUCAUCAUGCCGAUGAUCAGUCUCUCUCACUUUGCGCUUGGAAGUCAGGAAGUCAUCGCAGAAAUGACGGACGAUGACCUACAGAAGGCAGUCGACAAGGUCGGGCGCACGGCACGUCGAACGCCAGACACUCAUGUCCGAAAUGCAAUCGCCAAACCUCGCGCCGCCACAUGUCUUCGCCGGAUGAGCGCCAUACUCAAUUUCCUACCAGAACCUCUACAAAAGCCGGACCUCAGCGCGCCGGAAGAGCUACCGCAAGACAUCCGACGUGAGGUCCCUUCGCGUCGUGCGCCACCGUCGUCAGCGAAGAAAUCGUCGCGCCCGCCGUCAGUGCGUUCGCCUACACCUCAGGCCCAGUCGCCUCCACCGCCCUCCAGGGGGUCGCCAAUAGAGGUCGACAGCGACUCGCCCGCUCCCGCACCUCGUCGAACGUCGACUCCACCGCCGGCGGCGAAGACAUCGGACGCGCCAGCAGACGAAUCCGUGACCGAGUCCUCGACUGACGACGAAGAUGCGCCACCUCCGAAAAAGGUCGUGGCCCCAAGCAACAAGGGCAAAGCCGCGGCUUCCAAGCCCGCGUCGCGCCGCAUCUCCCCGCUGCUGUCUUCAUCUCCCUCGCCGCCGCCGUCCAUGAAGGCGAAGCUGGGUGCAGAGGGCUCGCUGAAGCCUACGAGUAGCGCCAAACCUUCCAGUAGCGUCAAUGCCUCGACUACGUCCAGGCCUGCCAGUAGUGCCGCGAGGGCAGGAAGCUCGAAGCCUCAGGCUCAGGGAAGCAUGCCGGCUCCGAAGGCGCGGGUGGUGGACUCCUCGGACUCGGAUAGCCCUGCGCCUCCACCGAAGCGUACGCGGACGGAAUCGUCGAGCGACGAUGAUCAGCCAACGAGACGAGGGACGCGACAGCCGCUCAGACGUGGCAGGAAGCGUUUCUGA